AUGGACCAUGAGAAUCUGUCGAGAUCGCCCACACGCAGCCGGAUUCCUUCGCGGACAACUGGACUGAAGGAGAUGAGCUCGAUGUCCACCAACUCACGGUCGGGGCUGGUGCAGCCGGGGACCAUUGCUGGGAAGACGGUGUCACAGCUGAAUAGGUCGAAGAGCACGACGCAGGCCCCCGACGUCCGACGAGCGGGAUCCGUCUCGUACGGUGCGCGGUCGACCCCCGCCACACACGGACGCACCACCUCCUUUGCAUCCACGAUGAGGGCGACCUCAACCUCGUCGCGCAGCGUUGCUCCGGGAUCCUUCUCCGCCACUGUCGGCCCGGGAUCGCGCCCGGCCACCGCGAUGGGGGCCUCUCGCCCACAGACGUCCAUGUCCCACGCCAGAAAGCACACCGGGCCCUCCCUGCCACGACCGGCAACCUCCCUGGACACCCACGAAGAAGAAGCCGCUGCGAGCGUACUAGGAAAACGUAAGGGACCGGAAUGGGAUCAAGAAUCCCGCGAACGCUCUUUCGAGGAAAUGUUUGCUACCUUGGUUUCCAAGAUGAGCCAUGCUGGUCAGUCUACCUCUGGCCUGCAAGAGUCGGUCGAACUGUACAAAACGAGAAUCCAAGAGUUGGAGUCCGCCCGUAACGAGCUGACCGACUCGAAUUUAUCUCUACGGGUCGAGGUUGAAACGAUGAAGGCCCGUAUGGCAACGGCCGAAAGCGCUUUGAAGAACGCGCAGCGAGAGCACGAGAUCGCCCUUGACGAGCUGGACAGGCGCCAGCGGAUCGAUACAGAGACAGUCAAACAGGAUGGUAAAAAGAAGCUGGAAAACAUCGUCUCACAGCACCAGGAUGAAAUGGCGGAGCUCAGACGGCAACAUGAGCGCGACCUGGCGGACGCCGCGGUGGCGCAUCAACGAGAGCUGACUCAACUCAGCUCCCAGAAUGCACUCGAAACACAGAAAUCCCAGAUCGACUUGGAUAAGAAAGACCGCGAUCUGUCUCGCCUGCAAGAGGAAAUCCAGGUGCUGCGUGAUGAGCUCGGCCGGGAGCGCAAAGCCAACAUGGACCUGCGCGAGAACCUGAGCACUGCAAGCAACAAUAGCGUGACCAUGGAGUCAUCCAUCCGGGCGCUCAAGGCGCGCAUCGAAUUCCUCGAAUCCGGUCGGGAGGAGCAGUCGGAGGCCUUUGAGCGGCUUAACCAGCAGAUGAUGGAUGCGCUGGCCGAGACGAACGAAACCAAGGAGAAGCUGCGCAAGGAAGAGACUCUACGACGCAAGCUUCACAACCAAGUCCAAGAGCUCAAAGGCAACAUCCGUGUGUUCUGCCGAGUGCGACCCCCGCUGCCCUGCGACCCCGUCACCUCCAUUGCCGAGAUUGAAUACCCCGAUGCCUCGGACGACGCCAAGGAGAUCUCGGUGCUGGGGCCGGAGGAGAAGAGCAGCCUCGGUGUGGUGUCGAAGAAGAACAACAACUUCUCGUUUGACCGGGUGUUCAACACGGGCACGCAGAAUGCCGAGGUGUUUGAGGAGAUCAGUCAGCUCGUGCAGAGUGCACUGGACGGGUACAACGUGUGCAUUUUCUGCUACGGGCAGACGGGCAGCGGCAAGACGCACACGAUGUCUUCGAACGACGGAAUGAUCCCCCGCGCGGUGCACCAGAUCUACGAGACGGCCAAGAACCUCGAGGACAAGGGGUGGCGGUACACGAUGGAGGGCAACUUUGUGGAGGUGUACAACGAAAACCUGAACGACCUGCUGGGCAACCCGGACGAGCUGGACAGGAAGAAGCACGAGAUCCGGCACGACAUGCAGCGGGGCAAGACGUUCAUCACGGACGUGAACACGGUGCGGCUGGAGACGCCCGAGAUGGUGGAGAGCAUCCUGCAGCGGGCGGCAGCGAACCGGUCCGUGGCGGCGACCAAGGCCAACGAACGGUCGUCGCGGUCGCACUCGGUCUUCAUCCUCAAGCUGAUCGGGACGAACAGCGUGACGGGCGAGCGCAGCGAGGGCACGCUGAACCUGGUGGAUCUGGCUGGCAGCGAGCGACUGAGCCACAGCCAGGCGACGGGCGAGCGGCUCAAGGAAACGCAGAGCAUCAACCGCAGCUUGAGCUGUCUGGGCGAUGUGAUUGCGGCUCUGGGGCAGGGCAAGGAGGGCGGGCACAUUCCUUACCGGAAUAGCAAGCUUACGUAUCUCCUGCAAUUCUCGCUGGGCGGCAACUCCAAGACGCUCAUGUUCGUCAUGGUCAGUCCGCUGCAGGCACACUUGUCGGAGACGUUGACGAGUCUCAAGUUCGCGACGAAAGUGCACAACACACACAUUGGCACUGCCAAGCGCCAGACGCGGGCAUAG